GUCAGACCAUGGUUAUAAGCUUUGAAUAUAUAAAUAUACUCGAAGGUUAUAAUUGGUUAUAACCUUAUAAUAGUCAAAGGGUUAUAUCCAUAAGAUAUUUGAAUCAUAAAAAAAGAAACAAGCGACGGUCACGAAUCACAAAGUCGCGUCGCGAUAAUCAGUGAAGAAAAUUUCUAUAUCAGAGUAGAAAAUUUAUCACCGAUUAUUCGAAUGAGUAAUAAAAUAGUCAUUGAUUUCCACCGAUUUUCACUGAUUGUCACACUGUGACUUGGGACAGUGGACCUGUAAAAUUUCGGUUUGCAAUGCUGUGUGAAGGGAAAACCAGCAAAACACUGUACACAUUUCAAGAAGUCGUUGCAUAAACCACGCUGCACUGGUACCACGUGGGUACGGUGUGACAUGUCAUAUGUACGCGAAUGUCUCGAUCAGUCAUUUAAAAUAUUUUAAUAUAAAAUAGAUCAAAAUGUUCGGCAACGUGAGAAAUUCUAUUAUAUUCCAGAUUAGGAAAUAUGGACAACGAACGUAUAUUCGGCACUCGAUUGGUAAAUUUACAAAUAAUUUAAAUCAACGACGAGCCGAGGAAUCGUCGACGGUUCUUUGUCGAUCGUGUGGACAACCAACAGCGUUAACGCAUCCUCAUCUGAUGAAAGACGGAGAAGUUGUACCAGGUAUUCAGCUGAAUGAGUUCAAAAGAAGACGAAGUAAAUUGAUGGAAAGUAUUCAUUCGCAAGCUCAUGCUGCGAACCCUGGCAAACCGCAUAUCGUCGUUAUUCCAUCGGCCUCUAAAGUGUACAUAUCCGAUAGAAUACCGUACGUUUUCCGACAAAAUACAGACUUUUUAUAUUUCACUGGUUGUCAAGAACCCGACAGUAUUUUGGUAAUUACAGCAAAAAAUGAAAAUUUUGUAACAACGCUAUUUGUAAGACCGCAAGACGAACAUUCCGAAUUGUGGGAUGGUCCUAGAACUGGAGUCGAAGGAGCAUCGAAAAUGUUCGACGUCGAUUUGGCUCUUCCUGUAUCAGAGUUUGAACAAUUCUUUAUAUCAUUUACAAAUGAAAACAAGAAGAGUAUAAUUUGGUACGACAAUUUCGAUACGAUACAGCCAAGCCUGAAUAGGAGAUUACUUGAAUUAAUUAAAAUAACAGAUAGUCAACGAUUUGUCUCCCCGAUAAGUCUAAUACAUAAGAUUCGAUUGAUUAAAUCGCAAUCUGAAAUUGAAUUAAUGAAAAAAAGCUGCGAGAUUGUUUCAGCAGCUAUAUCUAGAACGAUAGAAAUGUCGAAACCAGGUUUGAGCGAGCAUCACCUAUUCGCAACUGUAGAUUACGAAUGUCGUAUGAACGGUGCUGAAUUCUUGGCGUAUCCGCCGGUUGUCGCGGGAGGUAAAAAUGCAAAUAUCAUUCACUACGUUACCAACAACCAAAUUAUUAAAAAUGGAGAUAUGGUUUUGAUGGAUGCAGGUUGUGAGUAUCAUGGCUAUUCGUCUGAUGUAACCAGAACAUGGCCAAUCAAUGGCACAUUUACGCAAGAACAAAAAGUUUUAUACGAAAUUAUACUAGAUAUUCAAAAUAUUUUAAUCGACAGAUUGAAAGAAAUGCCUCGCUUAGAUCAAUUAUUUCAAGAUAUGUGCUCUUUGUUAAGCGAAAGGUUACAAGAAAUUGGAUUAAUACCAAAACAUUUUAACGGGAAUAACUUACUGUCCGCUGCUUAUACUUAUUGCCCGCAUCACGUUAGCCAUUACUUGGGAAUGGAUGUUCAUGACACAGGAAAAAUUUCCAGAAACAUAAAACUACAGCCAGGAAUGAUAGUGACCGUAGAACCCGGUAUAUACGUGAAUCAUAAAAAUCAAUUUGCGCCACCACAAUUUCAUGGUUUAGGUAUUCGUAUCGAAGAUGACGUUUUAAUAACGGAGAAUGGUCCGGUAAUUUUAACGGAAAGUUGUCCAAAAGGAAUCGCUGAAAUAGAAGCCUUGGCGAGUCAAAAUCAAUAA